ACGUCACAAUCACCCGUACAAGCUAUAUCACGGAAAAACGUCGCCUAGCCAGCUGCAGAACCCGAGUAAACAUUGACUAAAAAUCACUUAAGAUCUACUACAUACUCUUUAGUCAGUUAUUUAUUUUCUCACUUUUGUGUCGUCAAACAAACUUUAUGUCCGUCAGUCAGGAUAUUUCGCUGAAUUAUUCAGCUCCAGGAUCAGAUAUCUUUGUGAAUGAGUCUUCAAAUGCUGAUAAAAAAGUGCACAUUCGCAUACAACAGCGAAACGGCAGGAAAACUCUCACCACCAUUCAGGGGAUAGAUGAGUGUUAUGAUCUUAAAAGAAUCCUGAAAGUAUGUAAAAAGGAAUUUGCUUGCAAUGGUACUGUGGUGGAGCACGCAGAAUACGGCCAAGUGAUUCAGUUACAAGGUGACCAGCGCACCAAAAUAAAUGACUUCAUGCUCAAACUUGGCAUAUGCAAGAAGGCCCAGGUCCAGGUCCAUGGUUUCUAACCUUCACGCAUGCACACUCGCCACAUGACACUCGGGUCUACACAUACAUUGUACAGUCUAGUAUUUGAGAAGUACCAACACAAGUGUCACUCUCACACAAACACCAUACAUUUUUUUCUUUUAAUGAAAAGCAAUUUUUAAUCAAUUCGGUCAAACAAUGUCCUCUUAUCAAAUUAAUUGAUUUUACCGAAAUUUUGUAAUCUGUUGCAGUUUCAAUAAAAUCAAAAGAGAAUCAAUGAGACAGGUUAACUGUUGUUAGCACUCUGCCAAAUCAUGUUGAAAUGCUAGCAUUAUCAAUACAGGUGUACUUAAGUACCAGUACCACUCCAGUAACAUCAGUGCUCUGAAGAAUAGAUGGAUCAAUGUUGAUAUCUUAUCACAGAAAAUAUAUAUAUAUAUAUAUAUAUAAGUAAGAAGAAUUACCGAUGGUUUUAUGCAAGUAAAUAAAACAAAUAGUGAUCAAAAUUGUGAUAGUCCUUUCUGUGUUUUCACUAAGUUGAAGUAUUGCUUUGAAUAACAUCGUAAGAGAGCAACAAACUAAUCUUAUCAUGUCAGACUAGAGAGUAUUUAAUAUAUGAAGCAGAUGAUUUGACUUUUAUUGAAAUAAUCAAAAUAUGCAAAUAGCCAAAGGAGGAUAUAUGAGAUUGUCAAUCUUAAGUCAGCCUUAGAUGUUUGCAGAUAGUUCUUUUGAUAUUAAGCUUAAAGUUGUUUCAUCAAUUGAUUAGUUUAGGUUGAAGUUUUACCGUACAGUUAUACCUACCAUAUUAAGCUUUCAAGUAUGAUAUGAUAUUACUUUUUUAUUGGACUGAACUGGACUCUGUAUCAUCCAUUUGAUCAGAUUGGUAUUGUGAUCGUUUUUGGUAGCAUUUGAGUCAUUUAUUAAUUGUAGUGCUGUUAUAAUUUUUGUAGAUGUUGUUUCACUGAACUCUAAUCAAGCAUGUGUCAUUUUAAGUCAAAAAAUCAAUUAGCCUUUUUCACACUCACUUCCACAAUCUGGCAUAGAAUACGCUACAAACUUGAUUCAAAUUUCAAAGUUUAGAAUUCUCCUAUUUUUUCUUUGUCUGCAGCCUUUUCAUACAGAGAAUUAUUUUAUCAGGGUGUUCUUUUUUUAUUAUUAUAAUUUGUGCACAUUUUAUGUAGCAAUGUAAAAGAAUGCUGAUCGUAAAGAACAAGUAAUUUAACUUACAUUGUUAUUUAUCAUUAACUAACACAUUUUUAUAUGAAAUAGGGUUGAAUAGUGGUGAGCUGAGAUAUGAGUCACUCAUUUUUGUUACAAAAUAGACCAGAUCACAAGUAUAUUCCUAUUUACAGAGCUUAUAUUCCAAAGCCCUAGAAUGCUUGUUGCAUACAUUGAGGUUGCUAUGAUGGCAAGCCCUUUGCGAGCAUCCAAAUUUAUCUUGUAACCACCGAUGUCGGGGCAUGCAUACAAUGUGAACUGGUCUAUUGAUACCUGACUGUACAUAUAAGGCUCGCUCACAUAUGGCGCCAUAAACUGCCGCAAAAAAGCUGCCACUUUAUUUUUAUCAUGUAGGCGAGUGCAGCUUAGUGCGCACAACAAAGGACCUUCAUAUUAAUAAUAUUAAUCACCGAGGUCUGUGGGAUAAGAUGGAGAGAUGUAAAGCAUAUUACACUUCAUGUUGUCAUAACAGAACACAGUUUUGCGGCGUCAAAUCUGAACGAGCCUUUAUGGUGGAAAACAGCCUUGUGGGUACUAUGUAAUUAGAUGUUGUGUUCUUAAAGGGUCAUCAGUCAGGCACUGGUGUCGAUCUGUGAAAGAAACACUGAAUUAUAUAGCUUUGCCUUUAGCUUACCCCAAAACUUUUCUGGGUUUUACUCCAACUUUAACUCUUUUUUUCUGAGGUAAUUGGAGAUUGUUGGGUUGCAUUUUCAUUUCAAGGUCACUGAAAGUAAACUGUUACAAUGCUUGCUUUGGGACCAUGCUGUAUCUUGGCGUGUACACAAAUAUUUAUCUGAAUUCAGUUAUCUUUAUCUUGGCUCACCAUGGUCCUUUACGACAAUAGAAGUCCAUGAAAUGCACAGGUACUAGUCCUGUAAAACCAGUAAUUUUUUAAUCAUGAACCCUUUGUGAUCACAGAAAUUCAGUUUUAUUGUGACUCAGUUAUUUUUGUAGCAUCAAACUGUCGGGAAUCUGAACCACUCUCAAAAUUUGUGAGAGUUUCUGGUUAUUUGGGUUAUAUCAUGCUAAAUUAAAGCUUCCAUUUUAGUAGACAGAAAUAGCGUCUGGUAUGGGUCAUUCUUUAAUAAAAACUAAAAACUGACGUUUGUCAACAUUCCCAUGUAUAGAGGCGGUCAGAGGAGCCAGAUGUAAUCUCAGCGGAACAUCCAUUGAUUUCAGAGACUGAAGCUUUCGGUCUACCAUUUUAGAUGCCUUCUCUUUCUUAAUUUAUUUUCCUUCCCUAGAUCCAUAAGAUCCCGUAACUAAAAGGUUAUUUUAAUAUAUUAUUUGUAACAUUCCUCCCAAAUAGUUUAAAGAUCCCACUUUCAUCUGUGUUCAUUUCUGCUGGUUUUUGUUUGUUUGUAUAAUCAUGCAUGUUUAAAUGAAAGUAGAAAUAAAUAUUGUUAUGACUUGUUA